ACACUCCGAGAGUGACCUAUCUGACCUGGUGUGUCACCUCUAGAAGCUAGAAGUCCUUGUUUUUUUCGCCGCUGUGCAGGGCGCCUGUGCUCUGGGACGCUGGGGAUUCCAACCAAGAAGAGAGGGAAAAAAAACCCCUCUUCUCUCGCUGCUCGUCUGCAUCGCUCCGGGGCAAUAUAACGCGAUCUCGCAUACCGCAACUUCAAAAUAGACGUCACCUUCCGUUUGAGACUCCUCCCAAUUGGCUCCCCUAGACAAAUCGAUCUUCAGCGUGCAAAUCCCUCAUAACACGCCGUACGGAGCUCCGUAGGGCACCUCGCUCAGGGGAAUCCGCUCGUGCUCCACUCCGGGAUCCAGCCUGCUGGCGCAAGGUACUCUCAACGAACCUGGAUGGAAGCGAUAGAUCUACACCGCCAUCCAUGACUCAAUCACAUCCUUAUUCCCACCCUGCCCAUCGUCGGGCUCUGUCUGCCUCGUCGCAUGUCUUCAAGUCGCCGGCGCUGAGAUCCUCCCAUCCAGCGAUCCACCGCAACAAAGGGUCUUCUUCCAUCUCCAAGCUUGGCCCUGGUUUAGUAGGCCAUUCUAGAUCCCUCGACUUGACCGCUGCCACCGGCGACGACGUCGACGACGACACACAAUCCGAGAUGGCCACCAGUUUCUUGAAUUUCUGCGCCAUGUGUGAGAGACAAAUCACCGUGCCUGACAAUUCUCUCCUGUAUUGCAGCGAAAGUUGCCGCCGCAAAGAUUCGUGCAAGCCUCUCUCCGCCUCCCUUCCAUCUAUGGCUUCUUCCUCUUUCACCAUCACUGCCACCACACCUCCCUCAUCGCCCCCUCUCUCGCCUCGCAUAAUUGUCGCGCCUAUGACUCCCACCAGAGCUCCCACCGGGUCGAUUCCCGCCAUCCGGAUACCCACAGACCUGCACAUGGUCUGUUCGGAUCCUGAUCCCACUGAAUGGAAGCCUGUAAUAUCCAUCCGGCCCGCGGCGGCCAGCUCGCGGGCCUCGUCCGAAGCCUGGCAGUUCCUGUCACGCUUCCACGGCGAACACGCGCCCGUGAAGCUUCCAGAGCGUCGUCCCGAUGCCGCCGGCCACCGAAGCACAGCCAGUCUGUCAACGCUGGCCAAUGGCCCCGCCGCCACCACGCUGCCCUCGCUCGCCCACUCCCCCACGACCCCAACAUCCUCCUAUAGCAGCAGCAGUUCGUCUGACUAUAUGAGCUAUGCGCCCGAGCUGAUCCAUCGCCCCCUACCCCCGCGCCACCAUAGCUCCAACGCGGUCAAGGGCGUGGAGCUGGUCGUUCCACACUUUGACGUGGCCAGCGAGGACGUCGUCGCCUUCGAGGUGUCUAACGGCGGGUCCUUGUUCCCUGCGAGCAGUGCUCUGUGGGAGGAGGUCCCCACCAAGAACGGGCCUGUCAUCUCAGUGGCUCCUGUAUAUGAGGUUUCUGAGGCGUGAUCGGAUGGCUCAUUCUCUCUCUCUCUCUCUCUUUUUAGCUGGCGGUUAGGCAAGAAAAUGUGACUUGCUGGAAUGAACUCCUUCUACAUCAUUCGGCACUAGACUAGAUAAAAUCAUAUGGAGUACAUGGUACUCUGCAAUACCUUU